GUAUAUAAAUACCGACAAGGCAAGGCAGCUACCACUCAAGUGAUUCAAAGAGCUUGACUGUGUCACACUGCUCGGGAACGUAGAACAGCGCCAUGCUCAGAUUUGUCACCUUCCUGGCUGUCACGCUUCUGGCGUCAGCGUCACCCGCCUCCCGCUCAGUACGGAUCCUGGAGCCAGAACUGACGGUGAUUCUUCAGGAUGCGCUGGCGCCCUACGACCCCUUAACCAUCGAGAGCCUCACAGACCUUCAUGUUGUCACAAGCGACGCAGACGUUCUCUACAAUGCUGUCAACACUGCCGUCACUGGCUUGUCUGAGAUUGUGGUCAACAACUUCUCCCCGCCCAUCCCACUCAUCUCUAAAGCGGUGAAGAUUGAGACGACGGUCACAAUCGACGCUCACUCGGACGACUACUCCAUCGCCGGCACCUUCCAGGGAGCAGACAUCGCUGCCUCUGGCGUAUCAGAUUUGAGGUUCAACGGGCUUGACAUCAUCAUCCACUUGAAGGCUGACAGCUAUACUUUGCUCCCCUUUUCAUUAUGCGUCCAGGAAGGCUCCCUGUCAAUCGAAUUAAGCGUGGCUUCCAUCGACUCUGCACUGGAGGGAGCCGGUGGCAUCAAUGACGAAAUUGAGGCCAACGGUCCAGUCGUUCUGGAGCUGGUCGCCAACCUGUUUAACGAGAAUUCCGCCGAAAUUGAGACUAUCCUCAACAAUGCUCUCUGCGUGUGAGAGGGAUGUAUCCAUCGCCAAAUAAUGCCUGAUAUUAUCCAUUUAUUUUUUGGUAAUUUUUGCUACAUAAUCGCUGUUGUAUUCAAAACCGGUGUUUCAUUGUGUAAACGAAGUGAUCUGGUUUAUCGCCAAAAUCUUAUGAAUAUUUGUACUAUUAAUGCAACAAUUGUAAGUACAUAACAAUAAAUUAUAAUUUAUCCUUUAAAUAUUGGAAAUUCACAUAAUUCUGCAACAAAAUUUCAAAGGAAAUGGUUAGGAAGACGAAUAAUUUUGGUGAUAUUAGUGCAGUCUGUCCUCUUACAAAUAACGUCGCUUUUCGCUCGUAUGCGCUAUGGCCAAAAAUUGCCGUACUAGAAAAUGGAAAUUAAUUUUACAAAUGAAAUGGACCCAAAGCAGUACGUUUUCGGUCCUCUGGUAAGUUAGGAGGUCAGCAAGUUCUCCUACGGUUUCAAAAUGUCAUGAAAACUGUUACUUUAAAGUGUCCUCUCCUAACCUAACAGACUAAGCCAGAGGAUCCAAAACAGAAAACGGGACGGUACGUCAUUUUCGUGAGCCCGCUUCCAUUUUCUAGUAUGGCAAUUCUUAGCCUUAGUGCACAUACGAGCGAAAAGCGACGUUCUAUGUAAGAUGACGGGUUUAUUAGUAUGAGUUCACUACUAAACGAGGAAUGCCCAAAGUGAACCUUCACAAUGAUGUCAUAAGAAUUAUCUAAAAACAUGUUCCAACCAAAUAAUUAUAAACUCUGACAUGACUAGGGAAUGGACAGACUCUAUCUUGUUUGAUAUUACCUUAAAAUAAAUGAAAAUACAUUU